UUCCAUAUUUGUGUUUCUUUCUGCCACCAUGAACACGGUAUCCACCGUCACCCAUUAUUCUGUGCCCGAAGAAAUGGAGGAAGGCUCUGUCGUUGCUAAUUUAGCAUCUGAUCUGGGUUUAGAUGUAAAGAAUCUGAACAAAAGAAAAAUGCGCAUAGACGCCGUGGGCAACAAAAAAUAUCUGGACAUAAACAAAGACACGGGAGAACUGUUUAUAUUAGAAAGGAUAGACAGGGAAUUGUGUCCACUGAAAACAACUACGUCUUGCUUUCUUAAAUUAGACGCAACGAUUGAAAAUCCGAUACGGAUGUUCAAUAUUGAAGUCGAAAUCAUGGACAUUAAUGAUAACGCUCCUCAUUUCCGACGAGGGACGAUGCACCUGGACAUCUCUGAGUCAAGCCCCAUCGGAGAGAGAUUCUCACUGAAUAACGCUGCGGAUCCAGAUGUUGGAGCAAACUCCGUGAAUAAUUAUCACCUGAGCUCAAGUGAACAUUUCUCUAUUGAAAUUCAGACCGGGAGAGAUGGGACAAAGUUUGCUGAUUUGAUACUUAAAAAAGCUUUAGACAGAGAGCAGCAGGGAGUUCAUAAUUUAAUCCUGACUGCUGUGGACGGUGGAGUCCCCACGCGCACAGGUACAGCCAGCAUCAUUGUUCGUGUGCUUGAUGUGAAUGACAACGCCCCUACAUUUGACAAAGACAAAUAUGUCGUACGUGUGAUGGAAAACUCCCCAAUUGGAAGUCUAGUAAUCAAACUAAACGCUACUGAUUCAGAUGAAGGAUCUAAUUCUGAUAUUGUUUAUUCAUAUAGUUUGUAUACAUCAGAGAAAACACAAGAUAUGUUUAACCUCAAUCCAGAAAAUGGUGAAAUUAGAGUAAAGGAGAUGAUUAAUUAUGAAGAUAUUAAACUUUAUGAAAUGGAGGUUAUUGCCAGUGAUAAAGGACAGAAUUCCUUAUCUGGUCAAUGUAAACUGACAAUACAAGUGACAGAUAUGAAUGAUAAUCAUCCAGAAAUCUCCAUCAAAUCAUUUCAUAGUCCAAUCAAAGAAAAUGAACCAGUAGACACAGUGAUAGCUGUAGUUAGUAUCAGUGAUAAAGACUCAGGUGACAAUGGAAUAGUUGAUGUUCAUAUUCCAGAUAAUAUGCCUUUCAAACUGAGAGAAUCCUCUGAUAACUAUUAUGAAUUAGUGGUGUCAGAGCCCUUAGACCGUGAGAAGGUUCCAGAAUAUGACAUCACUUUCACUGUUACAGACAGAGGCUCUCCUCCUUUAUCUGACAAUGAAACUAUGACUUUAGAGCUGCUGGAUGUUAAUGACAAUGUCCCACAGUUCCCUCUGUCAUUUUAUACUAUACGUGUGAUGGAGAAUAACGCACCUGGGGCCUUGCUCAGUUCACUCACUGCCUUUGACCCUGACCUCCAUGAAAACCAGUAUCUAGUUUACUUCAUCCUGGAGAAGGAGAUAGCCAACACCUCCAUGUCCAUGUUGUUCUCCAUCAACCCAGAGAACGGUAAUCUUUACGCACUGAAAACUUUUGACUAUGAGAUCGAGAAGGAGUUUCUUUUCCACAUCGAGGCCAGAGACUCUGGCUCUCCUCCACUCAGCAGUAACGUGACUGUACACAUCAUUAUCGUGGACCAGAACGACAACGCACCGGUUAUUGUUUCUCCGUGGCGCGCGCAUGGCUCAGUGGUAGAGGAAAAGAUCCCCAGAUCCACUGAUAAAGGAUCACUGGUUGCCAAAGUGAUCGCUUUAGACACAGACUCUGUGCACAACUCUCGGAUUACCUACCAGUUUCUACAGGUGACUGACGCCACCUUGUUCAGUCUGGACCAAUAUAACGGAGAAAUCCGGACUAUGAGGAUGUUCAGUUACAAAGAUCCACGCCACCAGAGAAUGGUUGUUGUUGCCAAGGACAAUGGGGAGCCUGCUCUCUCUGCUACAGUCACCAUCAAACUGUCCACAAUGGAGACUGCAGUUAAGGCCUACUCUGACAUGACUGAGGUGCCUCUGGAGUAUGACAUCUUCUCAGACCUGAACCUGUAUUUGGUGAUCGGUCUGGGUUCUGUGUCAUUUCUCCUGCUGAUCACCAUAUUGGUCACCAUCGUGCUCAAGUGUCAGACACCUAAGAGCAGCAAAGCAGCUCCUCCCAGCAGGAACAGUGUGAUCAGUGAGAGGAACUCCACCAUCGCAGAUUCCACUCUGGUGUCCAACGAUGCCUACUGGUACAGUCUGUUUCUAGCAGAGACCAGGAAAGGAAAGAUGGUGGUCAGACAGCCGGUGCCAAAGGGCUCGAGAUACAUCGUGUCCAGUAUCCCAAGAGGAACAGGAAUAUCAGAUACUAGUGACUCAGCAGCUUCUACUCUGCAGGUAUGGGGGAAUAUGUUUUUCCUUUUUAUGUAUUCUACAUAACUAUACAGCAAAUCAUUUUUCCACUCAAGUAAUCACAAUAGUUAGAGUUGUAUUGUACUGCCCAUGUUCGACAACCUUUCCUGUCCAAUUCGUAUAUUGGCCAUUACAAUUAAAGAAAUAUAAUCUGCAAAUCUAUCAAGGGUUAAUCUCACAUAAUUGUGUACAUUGAUAGAAUGUUUGGCACUUACUACCUUGUAAUUUUGAAGGUUACAUAUAUAUACACAGAUCGAAACUUUAGUUUUAUUCAUGUUUGGCACAUGGUUUUACGUGCAGAUACCCGUGCGUAAAACUCACAGAGUACGAAGGAACGAAGGUGCUGUUGCAGAUAUAUUUUAACGUUAACAGAGGUUUUUCCUCCAGUUGUCUUGGCUAUAAGUUCAAAAUCAACUCACAUUGCUUUGAAACUAUUUACUUAACCUUUUGACUUACGUAUCAAACGAAAAAUAAAUGACACAAUUAACAUGUUUAAUAAACCCUACUACAGAUGCAGUGAUAUACUUUUGGUUAUAUGUCGAUAGAUUUUUAAGUUGUACUUGCAGCUGAUAAACAUUUAGUUUCCUUUUUCUACUUAAUCAAAAUGUUAUUUAAUAUUUAAGCAUGACUUUCCUGCAUUGCUUAUCAGAGGGUGCCAUUAAAAACGCUUAUAUUGUGCUGAAUACAGUCACAAAUAAUAACAAAAAGUACUGAUCAUACACAGGUGGACAUUU